CUUCCGCUCUCCGCGCAGGCGCAGAAUUGCUCGCCCACCUCCCACAGCUGGCCGGCUCCAGCUGCGGGUCGCUUCCGGUCCGGUCAGACCCGGCGGAUGCGGCACUUCCCCAUUGCAGUCGCUGCGACCCGAGCAGACGUGUGGCCUGGUGUGGCCGCAGAGCAGGACAGAUGAGUGCCGAUGUUUGCCUCUACUCCUGGCCCUGCUCCUACUACCUGGAUCUCGAGAAGCGGUGGGUGCCUGGGAAACUGUCCUUGAGGCCGCGCUCUCUGCAGUUCACCACGGAGCGAGCUGGAGCAGCUCUCGUGGGCGUGCCGCUCUGCAGCGUGGUUGCCAUCAGGAAGGAGGCCACCCACCUCAUCUUCAGUGCCAUCACCGUCCUGGAGAGGAGCCGUCGCAAGCACUGGUUCAGCUCCCUGCAGCCCAGCCGCAAUGCGGUCUUCAGCGUCAUCGAGCACUUCUGGAGGGAGCUGCUGCUGGCCCAGCCAGGAGCUGCUGCAGAGCAGACGCCAUCCCCCUCCACCAAGGGGCAGGAGCUGACCGGACUGAUGGCCAGCUCCCAGAGGCGCUUGGAAGAUGCCGCCAAGGCCCUUCACCACCAGGGCGAGCAGCUGGAGAGCGUCAUGCAGGGCCUGCAGAAGAUGGAGUCGGACCUGGACGUGGCUGACAGAUUGCUGACAGAACUGGAAUCGCCUUCAUGGUGGCCUUUCAGCGCCAAGCUUUGGAAGAUGCCAGCAGAAGUGAAGCGUGGGGACAGCGCCUCUGGGGCUGGCAGUGAGCCGUCUGGAAAGGACAGGGUCUUGAUCAAGGUCCCUGCUGUCGUUUCCCAAGGCCCAGAGCUUCACGUUAGGCCAGGAGGGCUGGCCGUGCUGGCUUCUGGGUUGGAGAUCCGGGACUCCAGCGCUGCGCUCCUCCACAGGUUUGAGAGGGAAGACGUGGAUGACAUCAGGGUCCACUCGCCUUACGAAAUCAGCGUUCGCCAGCGGUUCAUUGGGAGGCCGGAUGUGGCCUAUCGCGUGAUAUCCGCCAAGAUGCCAGAGGUCAUUCCCAUCUUAGAAGUACAGUUCGGCAAGAAGGUUGAGCGGCUGCCAGCGGCCGCUGGGCUCAGGAGCACAGGAGCAUCUUCCCCCACAGAGAGGCGCUGCUCCUCCUGGCGCGCAGGUCUGACACGCUGGGAUUGCCUGACCUCAGACUGGGAACCUCUAGAACUGCGUGCCAAAUUAACCUUGUUUCUUUAUAAGUUGACUCAGGUUGAAAACACGGCAGAGAUAGGAGUUUCCAGGAUUCUCCAGGUGCUCUGCGGUGCGGUGGUGUACAGCAAGAGUAAACUGGAGACAAAGGCAGGGUCCAGCGGAGGAACGCACGUGUGGACUGUCCUAGAGGAGUGUGAGGAGGAGGAGGAGGUGACUCUCCUAGAGGAGUGUGAGGAGGAGGUGAUGGUGAGUGACCACAUGGAGGAGGCGUGUGGCACUGGGAGGAGUGGCCUCAGGAGGCGCCCUACCUUUGUGAAGCUGAAUACUGGCGGGCGGUUCCAGGAGGGUGGAAUGGAGGCCCUGGCACUCAUCCCAGGAGCAGCAGGUGUCUCACUGCGGAUCCAGCAUGGGGACUUGAGCCAUGACGUUAUGCAGGACAAGUGCCCCAAGUCCCUCACAGUAACAGCCAGCACUGACGUGAGGGAGCCGCCCCCAGAGCAGGACGAGGACCCCCGUUCCCGCUGCGGGAGCGUCACGAGUCGCCCCACGCUGGUGUUCAGGCACUCCUGCUGA